GACCCAAUCGGAUCUGCAGGGCUUGGCAAUACGGACCCCACGUUAUUUACCCCUCCAUCAUUUUUUCUUGCCUGUUCCUCAGCUCGUCUCAAUCAUACAAUCAACAUGUCUGCCUCAAUCCAAUCUGCCGUUUCAACUGUUCAGACCCUCCUGCGCACUGCGUCGCAGAAGGUCCUCCUUCUCGGAAGCGGUUUCGUUGCGAAGCCUUGUUUGGAUUACCUUGCGAAGGAGGGAAUCCAGAUUACCGUUGCCUGCCGUACUUUGGAGAGCGCAAAGAAACUCUCUGCGGGUGUCUCACUCGCCACCCCCAUCUCUCUUGAUGUCUCUGAUGCGGCGGCCCUUGACGCCGAGGUCGCGAAGCACGACCUUGUCAUUAGUUUGAUCCCCUACACCCACCACGCCACUGUUAUCAAGUCGGCCAUCCGCUCCAAGAAGCACGUUGUCACCACUUCAUACGUGUCGCCGGCAAUGGAGGAGCUAGACGCCGAGGCCAAGGCUGCUGGAAUCACUGUUCUCAACGAGAUCGGUCUUGACCCCGGUAUUGACCACUUGUACGCUGUCAAGAUGAUCGACGAGGUUCACGCCAAGGGCGGAAAGUUGUUGUCUUUCCUGUCGUACUGCGGUGGUCUCCCCGCCCCUGAGAACUCCGGAAACCCUCUCGGAUACAAGUUCUCGUGGUCUUCCCGUGGUGUCUUGCUCGCUCUGAGGAACUCCGCCAAGUACUGGAAGGACGGAAAGAUCGAGGAGAUUUCCGGCCCCGAGCUCAUGGCUGCCGCUAAGCCCUACUACAUCUACCCCGGCUUCGCGUUCGUCGCCUACCCCAACCGUGACUCGACCAUCUACAAGGAGCGCUACGGCAUUCCCGAGGCCCAGACUAUCGUCCGUGGAACUCUGCGUUACCAAGGCUUCCCCGAGUUCGUGCAUGCUCUUGUCGACAUUGGCUUCCUUUCCGAUGACGCUUCGGAUGACUUUAAAACCGCUCUUCCCUGGAAGACGGCACUGGCCAAGCUCCUUGGCUCGAGCUCCGAGAAGGAGGAGGACCUGGUCUGGGCCAUCUCUUCCAAAACCACUUUCUCCAGCACCGAGGAGAAGGAUAAGAUCAUCGCUGGUAUGAAGUGGCUCGGCCUCUUCAGCGAGACGCUCAACACCCCCCGUGGCAACCCUCUGGACACCCUCUGUGCCACUCUUGAGGAGAAGAUGCAGUACGAGGAGGGCGAGCGUGAUAUGGUUAUGCUGCAACACAGAUUUGAGAUCGAGCUUGCGGAUGGAACCAGGGAAACCCGCACUUCUACCCUGGUCGACUACGGUGUCCCUGGAGGAUACACGUCGAUGGCGAAGCUUGUCGGUGUUCCUUGCGCAGUGGCCACCAAACUGGUGCUUAACGGAACCAUCAGCGACAAGGGUGUCAUCGCUCCCAUGAACGCGAAGAUCAACGACCCUCUGAUCGAGGAACUGAAGAAGCUCCACAUCGAGUGCAAGGAGGAGCUCGUCUAAAUUGUAUCUUGAUAUCCUGGGAUAAAUGGGAUAGAAGAAUAUUAACUUUUUUUUCGUGGGAGAUUAGAAGAG